AUGUCUCAUACACAAGAGCCAGGUCUUCUACGGAAGUCGGUGAAGAUUGCCUGCAUUCAGUUCGCAAGUGGCCCAGAUAAGCCCGUGAACCUGAAAGAGGCUCAUCGUCUGGUAUUAGAAGCGUCGUCUAAAGGAGCUGGUAUCGUCGUUCUCCCAGAAUGCUUCAAUUCGCCUUACUCAACGACGUCUUUCCCGGCCUAUGCUGAAGUGUUACAACCCGCCCCACCGCCUGAGGAGUCAUCUCCGAGUUUCCACGCUCUUAGUCGCAUGGCUAAGGAUGCAAACGUCUACCUUAUUGGGGGCAGUAUACCUGAACUUGAGUCCGACACGCGAAACAUCUACAACACGACACUGGUCUUUUCGCCGGAUGGAGAGUUGCUCGGCCAGCACCGCAAAGCUCAUCUUUUUGACGUUGAUUUCCCCGGUAAGAUGACAUUCCGCGAGUCGGACACAUUGUCCCCGGGAAAUUCUAUCACCACUGUUGAGCUGCCAGAGUAUGGCACGAUUGGACUUGGAAUCUGCUAUGAUAUAAGGUUUGCCGAGUUCUCCACGGUGGCCUCUCGUAGGGGUGCAUUUGCUCUCAUAUUUCCCUCUGCAUUCAAUUCCACGACGGGACCUCUACAUUGGGAGCUCCUGGCUCGUGCAAGAGCCCUGGACAACCAGUUGUACGUCGCAAUGUGCUCUCAGUCGUUCGAGCCGGAUUCUGGCUAUCCUGCUUGGGGCCACAGCAUGGUCGUUGACCCCAACGGGCAGAUCGUGGCAACAACUGAAAGAGGACCCGCGAUUGUGUAUGCGGACCUUGACGACGCCUCAAUCGGACAGGCCAGAAAGCAGGUUCCUAUCGGCUUCCAACGAAGAUUCGAUUUGUACCCCGACAUCUCGAAACUUGCUUAA